AGGCUUAGCAAAGUCUUAGAAAAUCAGGGUGACAAGUAAAUAGUCUCAUUUACAGCAGCUUGGCUGGAGCAGAGCCUGCCAGGACUGGCUUUCUUGCUGUAAUGGCCAGGCAUGGAGGUAGGUCCCUCACUCCUGCAUCCUCCUGGGGGCUUGUCCCUGCCUCUUGAACAGUACCAGCUGGUGGAGUGGGUCCCAAGCAUUUCUCUCCCAGGAAAGGCAGGCAGUGGGCUGGGGAGCAGAAAGUGCUGCUGAUAGGACCAACACUUGGGAAGGACCUGGCCUGUGGAGCCUGACCUCUGGGAGUGGUGGAAGGAUCAUUCACUGUGGUUUGGAGGUGAGUAGCGGAGCUGCAUCUGUGAUGCUGGCUCCAGUGCACUGCAAACAGCCUGCACAGCCUACAGCCCAAGGCACUUUCUCUUUUCCCAGUAGAAUGGUCUCUGCGCUGGGGGAAUCCUGGACUCCUGCCUCUGAAGCCCUUGGUAGGAACCACACCCCAGCCCCGUAGUUUUCUGACAGAAAUCUGAUUUAAAUGUUUCUUGAAGAGACAUUUUAAAAGUUCAUCGUAUUCUUGGAUCUGAGAAAAUUGGCAGCCACUUCCAGUAAUAAGUCUAACAUUUUUCUGUCAUAGCUUUUUAUGUCAUAGCUUUUUUUUAUUUGACCUCUCCAGAGGCAGAAGCUUCUGUAAAGUUUUAUAUUGUCUGGGUUGUUGUACUUGUGUUACUUGUUUGCUGCUUUGGGUACAUCAUGGCAUAAAGUAAAAAGUAUUCAGCCAUGUGGCAGUUCUUAAUUUCUUAGAAUUUUGUGUCAAUGUAACAAUUUUACCCCUUCUCUGCCUUGCUUUGAUCUGCUCACUUCCCACAGAGCCUCAAUUUAGGAGGUUGGGGCUCACAGGUUUUGCUUUUUCCAGCAUGGGUGCUCAAUUUCUGGGCUGUGCUUGGCUCUGCACGGGGCUGUAGGCACGGGGCUGGAUGAGAAAGGGCAGUAAUGUGAGUGGUCCCUCCAGGAUGGAUGCUGCUCCAGUGCUAGAAAUAUCUGCCCUGGGACAGGGCAGAGUACAGCUAAGUUUCUGGGGUGUGUGGUUGUGCCCCAGCAGGUAGAAAAGCAAAAGUAGUCACAUUUGUCCCUUGCACAGCUACUGUACCCUGUCAGGAGCUGCACUACUCUGCCUAUGGAGCAAGAUCUAUCACCUCUUCUCACCAGCUGCCUCUGGAAAGGCAGAUAUGGAAAAAUCAUUCCAGAUAGCAAGAGAGCCUGAGCUUUGCAGGUGGUGACCCCCUGUUUCAGGUAGGAAGAUCUGCUGUGGGUUGCAAGAUGCUGGGAUCUAGCCCAGGUCAUGGGCUUUAAUCAUAACCUGCAGCUAAGAGUUGGUGGGACCUUGAUUUGAGGUCGCCUGUGAGAGCAGGGACUGCAGACAUCCUGCCCCUGCCAGGUGGGUUCACCACUGUGGGAAGUGGUGGUGGUUGUGUCUUGCUCUGGAGGUGGCUGCGUUUCAGGAAUGCUGUAUACACUGCAGAUGAAGCUGUCUCGGGCAAGGCACUACAGAAAUUUAAAGAAGCUUCAGGAAGCUUCUUGUAGUCUUCCCAUCCUCCUCCUCCUCCUCUGCAUUGCUUUGCAGACUGCCAUUUUAUCUCCAAGGGUUCUAGCUGCCUUUAUCAACAGUAGGAACACUCCAGUUCCUUUUGCUUUCCUUUGCAAAGACAGGGUGAAAAGAUCAGGCAGCCUGCAAGCACACAACAUCCAAAAUCCAGUCUCAUCACGAAAUAGGAUGCUACAGCUCUGUUUUAUGGCAGAGGCUUCGCUCUUUUUAUUUCUCCUAAUGCUGCCUACCUGAUUUCCCUGUUCCUCAUCCUGGUGAGAGAGCACGGAGCCUUCUGGAAUCUGAGCGCUCAGGAGUGCUGGAGCAGAGUGUGUUCGCUGACAGGAGACGGGGGACGCAGGAUCUGUGCAAAGGUAUCUGAAUUCCCUCAUGAGAAGUGUCCUCCCUGCCUCUCAUGUGCAGCCCUACCUGUUCAUGGGUGGUACCAGCUUCACUGAUGCCCUGAAGAGUAUUCCUCACCAUGGAUAGUCCACCCAAACUGACUGGUGAGACGCUGAUUGUCCAUCACAUUCCCCUGGUGCAUUGCCAGGUCCCCGAUAGACAGUGCUGCUCCGUGAGCAAAAGGACCAACCCCUUCUGCCAGCCAGAGCUCAGCAUCACACGGACCUCUGCCCUUCCAGACAGAGACCUCUCACAGACUGACUCCUUGGUGUACAGCAGCUUUCUCCAGACCUCUGAAACCUCAGCAGAGGCCUCAGAUCACAAAGAAAGGAAAGCAAGGGAUCUGAUUGUCCCUAGUGUCAGUAAGCGACACAACCCUUUCCUGCUGAGUGAGGGUGAAGACCUCAGUAUUUUUGGGGAUGACUUGGGUCAAAAAUCUUUCCACCUUCACAACUCACUCGUUGAUGGCAAGCCUCCCUUCCAUCUGCAGGAUCUGGCCUUGCCCCCUUUCCACCUCCACGAUUCCAACCACAUUGUGAAAUCCUGGAACAUGGCCAGCCGGUCUGGUGUGGUGGAUGGGCAAGAGGACAAACUCAGCAGUGAUGACAUCCAGAAGAGAAACAAUGCAAACAGGUGCCAUCAGGCCUCGGAACGCAUGGAGCUGGAUGAAUGCAGCUGCCAUCGCGGCAGCUCCUCCAACUUCUCCUUCGACAGUGGUGACCAGGAGUGGAACCAGAACAUGGGUGAACCACUGAGGAAUCAGGAUGCCCUGCACAGGACAUGCAGUUGUUCCAGCUCAGAGAUCCAGCACUGUCGCUGCUACAGUUCAUCAAGUCAGUCUGAAGUGAUUGACCAACAGAUGGGCUACAUCAGCGACUCUUCUUGCAACAGUUCUGAUGGGGUCCUGGUGAACUUCAGUGCUCUCUACAACAAAAUGAAUGGUCAGCCCCAAUCCAACCUGAAUUCAGCUAACCUGUCCUGUGACUCUUCCUUCUGCAGCCACUCAGACACAGGAGCUUUUUACCUGGAUUUACACUCAUCACCCACUGAAUCCAAGAUGUCUUGCGAGUCGCAUAACCCAGAAAGUUCAGGGAAGGUGUGUGGGUGUCAACACUCCUCCUCACCUGUCCUUGAUGCUAACUGCAAUUCCUACCACCUCCACUGUGAGCCUUGCACAUCGGAGAGCUCAGACCUCACUGCCUGCUUCCAGAGCCAAGCACGGCUUGUUGUGGCUACUCAGAAUUACUAUAAGUUAGUCACGUGUGACUUGUCUUCCCAGUCAUCCCCCAGCCCUGCGGGAUCUUCCAUAACUAGCUGCUCAGAAGAUCAAACUAAGGGUAGCCCAGCCCAGCCCACAGAAUACUAUCUAUUCAGAAGGCCUGACCUGAGACAAGAAAGCAAUGUAGAGUGCAGUGAAGAGGAGCCAAAGGGAGAAUCCAGCCAGAACAUGAUUGAGGGUCAGGUCUAUGUCAAUGUGUCACCACCGAACCUCAACACAAGCCGGCAGCGCUCCAGGAGCUACGAUCAGAACCUGGACAGGAGUCCUGGCAGCAGGCUGGGCUCCUUGGAGCGCAUGGUGAGCUGCCCAGUCAAGCUGAGUGAAAGUCCAGCAAUACCCAUUCAGAGCUCUCCCCCCAAGAGGGUGACAUCUUUCGCUGAACUGGCUAAAGGACGGAAAAAGAACGGCACCUCCCCACCGCACCGCUCCAGUGGUGAUUCUUCCCUGGAGUUCUCUCCUAUCCCUGAGACUCAGCGGGAUUGCCCAACCUUCCUUGAAGAAAGAGCUCGGCGCAGCCAGAGUCUUCCACCCAUGCCCUUCAUCCAUGGCCUGAACCGGAGCUGCGAGGGCUUCUGUUUGAAUCAUGCUUUUGGCGACAGCCAGGCUUUGUGUUCCACCAAAGACUCCGUCUCCAGUGAGAAGGUCCCCAGUGGGCAUGGGGCAGGUGAGCAAGCCUCUCUCUCCCUGCUGACGGAGGCAGAUGCCAGCUUCUCGGGUGGCUCUGCCAGUGGCCACGGACAAAAAGAUGUUAGAGCCCGAGCAGACGGUGGUGGCACAGACAGCAAGCCUGUGGUACGCUACAGCAAGGACCAGCGUCCCACAACUCUGCCCAUCCAGCCCUUUGUUUUUCAGCACCAUUUCAGCAAGCCACCCAAGGCACGUGCCCUGCACAGCCAUUUUGCCUCCAGUCUUUCCCAGCUCUACAGCUUGUCCAGCAACCGGCCUGCCAGCCAGCAGAUCUCCAGUUCCCAGUCCUCAGCCUUGGCCACCUCGGCAGAGCAGGCAGCAGUGGCGGGGAGCCAAGCCCAUGGCACGCUUGUGACCCAGCGCGCAGCAGACGGAGCUGCCUCGCGCGGUGAUGGGGGCAUCAAGAAGCCUGGCCCCGAAACAACCCGUCCAUCCCCGCUGGGCAGUUACUCCCCUGUGCGAUGCAACGUGCCUUUCUUCCAAAGCGUGGACUCCUCUUCCUCACCCACCGUUGAGAGAGCUGAAGACAGCCAGCCGCCCAGAAGCAGGUCCUGUCCCAUCUCUGCUAACCUGCUUCCCACGAGGUCAUCUCCUGCUGUCAGCGCCAUGCAGCCCUCCAAAGCCACCAAAGCUGACACCCUGAGGCAAAAGGAGAACCCCAAGCUGAUUCCCAAGAAGGAGGCCCCGCUUGAGCCAAGCCCACCACUCUCUGAAUACCGACUCCACAGUGGAUCCCUCCCACCCCUCUCAGUGGGUGGCAUGUCCAUGAGCAGAGUAGGAGGCCAUGCAGAUUCACACUGGAGAAGUGGCAGUGAGACCAGCAGCUCUGGUCCCCUGAGCAGCAUGGGAAUACGGCCUGUCAAUGCGAACCACCUCUCCCCCCAAGCGCUGAAGUGGCGGGAGUACAGGCGGAGGAACCCCCUGGGUCUGGACCGCGUUUCAGGGCUGCCCAGCUUAGCGGGCAGCCUGGACAGGAGGCAGCAAGAGCCUCGGCUGAACCGGGCCAACCCCAUCUUUGAGCUCCCUGGCGCUCUCAGCACCAGCCAUUUCCACUGCAAGCUGAACGGACAGUCUAUGAGGCAACUCCAGCUUACCUACAAUGACUUUUUCCCUGACUACUUCUCGCUAGCGGAGAAACCUCCUGCUGAGUUCUGCCUCUCCCCAGAUGGUAACACAGAGUCCAUCUCCAUCGACUUGCUGCAGAAGAAGGGUCUUGUGAAGGCUAUCAACACUGCUGUUGACCUGAUUGUGGCUCACUUUGGAACCAGCAGGGAUCCAGGGGUGAAGGCCAAACUUGGGAACAGCUCCGUGAGCCCCAAUGUGGGGCAUCUCAUCCUGAAAUACCUGUGUCCAGCUGUCCGGGACAUUCUGAGUGAUGGGCUCAAGGCUUACGUCCUGGACAUGAUCAUUGGCCAGAGGAGGAACAUCCCCUGGAGCGUGGUGGAGGCAUCCACACAGCUAGGGCCCUCUACAAAGUUGCUGCACAGCCUCUACAGCAAGAUCAGCCAGUACACAGAGCUCACCAACCACACCAUGCGGUUCAACGCGUUCAUCUUUGGCCUCCUCAAUAUCCGGUCCUUGGAGUUUUGGUUCAACCACCUUUAUAACCAUGAAGACAUCAUCCUGGCACACUAUCAACCAGUGGGCUUCUUGUGCCUGUCUCACAGUGUCUGCCAGCCUCUUUUUGAGGAGCUCCUGCUCCUACUCCAGCCCCUCUCCCUGCUGCCCUUCAACCUAGACCUCCUCUUUGAGCACCACCUGAUGCAGAUGGGCAAAGAGCAGCAGCAGCAAAAGGAGCUGCUGCGUGUGAAGCAGGACCUGCUGCUUUCUGUGCACUCCACCCUGCAGCUGAUGCGGACCCGGGGCAACAGUGAGGAUCCUGAUGGCUGCAGCACCGCCCCUGAAACAUGCCAAGGGGGUGCCAGGGAUGGUGACAUCUCACCAGGGCACAGCCCACAGCAAGUUGUGAGUGAGAAGAGGGUCAAGGGAGUGGGCGCCUCCUGCGGAGAAGGUGACAGGGAGGAAGAGCAGAGCAAGAUGCGAGAGAACACGUGGGAGGGGAAGAAGGACAAACAGGCAGGCUGGUGGUACCAGCUCAUGCAGACCUCUCAGAUUUACAUCGAGAGUUCAGCCGAAGGCUCAAAGUUCAUCCGCUCUGAGAAGAAGAAAGCGGCUUUGAAUCCUGCACCCAGGUCAGUGGAGACCCACAAGGCACCACCUCCCCGAGAAGGAGUGGUGGAGGGUGCAGAGGCUUGUCCCAUUGCUGAGGGCACCUUGGAGGAGAGGCCCAAGGCAGCCAGCAAGCCAAGUCCUGAAGCUGUGGAAGAGCCCUUGGAAAAGCCCCAGCAGGUAGUGGUCAGUGAAGAGGUGAAGGAACGGAGCUGGCCCUUCUGGAUGGGCAGCCCCCCAGACUCUGUGCUUACAGAGCUAAAGCGCAGCAAGGAGAAGGAGGCUCAGCAAAAAGUGGGAGCAGCAGCAGCCCCCCAAGAAGACAGCAGCACCAGUGCAUCAGAGGGCAGCCAGCCCAUCAAGUGGGGACACUUGUUUGGGUCCAGGAAGGUACAAAAAGAGCCCAGACAACCAAACAGGUUGCCCUCUGGCUGGCUGAGCUUGGACAAGUCCGUCUUCCAGCUGGUGGCCCAGACAGUUGGGGCUAGCAUGUGGCGUGAAGCAGCCCCAGAGCCAGACCCUCCCCAUCCAGAACCACCUGAGGCACCUGCUGUGGCACGACCAGUCCAGGGGAUGUCUCCUCACCCUACCUGUGAGGUGAAAGCCCUUUGCCAUCACAUUGCCACUGAGGCAGGACAACUGAGCUUCAACAAAGGGGAUAUUCUGCAGGUCAUCUCCAAGGUGGAUGGUGACUGGCUGCAGUGCAGCCUUGGUUCUGAGAAGGGACUGGUGCCCAUCAUGUACGUCACCCACCCUGAGGACGAGGACUAUUGACACGUUUAGGAGGCCAAGCACAGUUCCCUGGGCUGCUGAGGUUCCUCUGGGGUAGCCUACCCUGCCAGAAGAACAAACACAGCUUCUUGCUAGUUUCUUACCUUUCCUGCCAUUACAAAAUACAGUAACCGUAGGUGGUUCCUUCUUGCUCCUCCUUGUGCAGCUGCCAAAGGCUAACUUAGCCCCCCGGGGUCUUCUGCGAGCUGCACCUCGUAUUGCCAGGCAUCGCCAUGCAUGCAGCCACACCAGGGACCGCCUGACUCCCCCCUCCGCCCCACACUGACUGAAGCACCCACAGGCCAUGGACUUGUACAUUACAGGAACCCAGGCAGUCCCUGCCAGGGAAGCACUGCCCCGCUGUUGGAUGCUGGAGGGUGCAGGAUGCUGGCCGCCCCUGCCUGGGGGUGGCAGUGCAGUCUGCAGCCUCCAUCGUCCCCGGCAUCCUCAGCUGAAGGGGUGGGAGCACCCUGCAUUGGCAGGGGCCCUGCGAGGCUGAGCUGAUGGUUUGUGUUUAUUGGGGCACUGCAAGGUAGGCUACCUCACACUGGAGCAUCCCUGUCCUAGUGUGCUGUAGUGGUUCCUGGUGGGUUGUACCGGGACAAGUGUCCUGGCAGUGCCACACUGCAGGGCUGGGGCUGUGCGUGGCCACAGCCAGGGGAGGGGGACGGGGUAUGUGUGUGAGUGUGAAGCAAAGGGGUGUGAGGGGUUGUGAGGAAGACACGGGGUUGUUCAGUGUUAUGUAGGUCCAGGAUGGGUAGUGCCACCCUGUGCAGAGAUGGGUGCUCUGGGGGGAGGCCGUGUGCCCUCCACACUGAGCAGGGAACCGGUGCCUGGGAAGCCCUGGGAUGCUCAGUGGAGGGUGCUGGAGGGGAGGGAAUGAGGGCAGGGUCCCUGUCUGGGCUGGGGAUUUGGGGGCAGUGCUCUCAGCAAGUAGAUUGGAGGUGCUCCUAGAGGGAGCUGGGGAGCCUGGGGAGGGAGGGGUGGUGCUCCCUUUGGCACAGGGUUUCUGGUCUUGCUGAGCAGUGCCAUGGGGUGGGGGGGAUAAGUGUUGUGCACAAACACAAGGGGAUACUGGAGGUCCUGGGGUCCUUGGUAGAGGCAAUGCCAGUCAACCCCUUCCUUGCCAUGUUCAUGCCGCCUGCUGUAGUGGGGAUCUUCACCUGCCUGUCAGGUGGGGAACAGUGUUAAUGAAAGGCCAUGCCAGUAUUUGGUGCCAUGGCCGGCUUGACGCUGUUCACAGCAUCGUGCCUGGGCUGGCUUCACCAUGGCAAGGGGCCCUGGUCUUGCUAGGUUACCUCCUGCUUGUACAUCGCUUAGCGGAUGUUGCACCAUAUUUAAUUUGUAUCUCCCUGUUAGAAUGAGGUGUCUCGCCUUUAUUUAUUUCUUUAUUUAUGAUGCAUAUUAAUAAAAAAGGUGCUGAUUGAG